AAUCUGCGUUGUGUAGUAAGCUAACGCCGUUCGAAGGCAGCGAAGCGAAAAAACACGCUCAAGGCCUCGGGGAAGGACGGAAGCAAAGACGCGGCUAUCGAGCACAGCCCCGCUGUCUCUGAAGAGAACCAUGGCAUUUGCUCUAGUCUUCGUUUGACUGUGAGCAAGCCACUGAACCGGACAGCAACGCACCCUGAUUAAUUUGGUCCUGAAAUCGACGCGCUGAUUAUCAGAGAAAAUGAGGUCCACGGCGUGGUCAUGCAUCCUGUUCAUGUUUCUGGAGCUAAGUAGCCAACAAAAUUCCGACGUGACUGUCAACACUACAACGGGGUGCUUGAGAGGAAUUGUUAUCCCCACAAGAACCAAACCAGUGCAGUGCGUUUUUGGGUAUUCCUUAUGCGGAACCACCGGUAGGCACAGCUCGAUUCAAGAAAACGGAAGAAAGAAAGCCAUGGGCGGGAGUCUUUAGCGCAACGGCCCUACCACCAAUGUGCCCUCAGUUGCCGCUGAACUUCAACAGCUACUAUCUGGUUAAACACACCGAACCCAUAUCAGAAGACUGUCUUUUUCUGAAUAUCUACAGUCCACCCAGUAACGGCGCAUCCCUGAAGCCUGUUGUCGUUUACAUUCACGGAGGUUUCUUUUCGUACGGUGGCAUUUCAAUGAAACUUCACGAUGCCUCUGAGUUGUCGGCCAGAGGAGAUCUUGUCGCGGUUACUAUUGCGUAUCGGCUUGGUGCCUUCGGAUUUCUUAACAUGGGCACCGAAGAUGCACCAGGUAACAUGGGCCUUCAUGACCAGCUCCUAGCACUUCUCUGGAUCAAAAACAAUGCCAAGGCUUUCGGUGGAGAUCCGGACCAGAUAACCUUGGUCGGUGAGAGUGCGGGAUCUUAUUCUGUAGGUGUUCACUUGGUAUCUCCUAGAAGCAAGGGACUGUUCCGCCGUGCCAUCAUGCAGAGCGGAAGCCCUUUCACAACUACGCUUGAGAACAGCAAGAAUCAGGCUCGCCACAGAGCUCGUGUUCUGGCAGAGAUGCUUGAUUGCGGUUCACCAAGAAAGGACUCAAGCAGUGUCAAAUCCACCGUGAACUGCAUGCGAUCAAAGGAUGUCGCAGAGAUCUUGAAUGCAACUGCCACUUUCACAACCGAGGGUCUCGAUGGUUUUUUCCCAGUAGUUGGAGACGACCUGAUACCCGUAAAACCAGGACAAGCGCUGAAGAGCCGAAAGCUAAAUGUACACGAGCUACUGGCUGGCAUUUCAUCGGCUGAAGGCGAUGGACUCGUAGACUUUGUGGCUAAGCGGUUCCGUGAUGACACUGAUGCGGCGGACAUCACAAAGAAGACAAUGAUCUUUUUCGCCAAAGGUAUGAUGAUCACGCUGUUGGACCGGGAAUCUCAGUCAGUCAUCGAUCACUACUUCGGUGGUUCGAAUGUGCGCGAUGGCAUCGAAUCUGUGCACGCGGCUGCUGACCUGCUGGGUGACAGCCAGCUGGGUUGCCCGACGCUAGGAUUUGUUAAAAGGUUUCUCGGCUCAGACACGACUGUCUUCAUGUACCAGUUCUCGCAGCAGCCAGCAAAUAUUGGGUGGCCAAAGUGGGUGCGCCCGACUCAUGCGGAUGAAAUUGCUUUUGCUCUUGGAUCAGUAUUUCAACUUGAAACCAAUGUCUCCGAGGAUGACGCCAAAGCCGCUGAGAACUUCAUGCACAUUAUUUCUACUUUCAGCUAUACCGGAGUGCCACAUGUUCCUGACAACACUCCCUGGCCGAAGUUUGGUGAAGAACGAGAUUACAUGGAAAUUGGAAAGGAAGGCAACGUCAACCAAACGCACCUUCUUCAGUCUGUGUGCAACAUGUGGGAGGAACUGAAGCCAUAUGAAUGAAGUGACAUUAUAGAUCAUUAUUCUGAUAGGUCAAACUUUUGAAGGCCGUGAAAAACGACAUACUCACUUAAGCGGGGCAGCUGUUCUGUGCAAGCAGGAUCAUGUCAACAUUGCACAUAUGGUUAAGAUGCGCGCAGUAAACAUGCCGCAACGGAAA